AUGAUCUCGCAGCGACACGGUAUUGAGCCUGACUGUUCACUCCACUGCUGGACUCCCGGACGACUUUCUCCACUUCGAUCAACAACACUCUGGUAUGUUAUUCUCUCUUCUUAUCCCGCCUCUGUAUCUCCUCGGUCCUCCCUGUUCGGAGCUGACUUGAAGAAGAUGCCAAGUUCAACACGGAUCCUCCCCGGAAUCCUGUCGAAGCAGAACUACCGCUUCAGCGACAUGGCGUCAAUUUUUAUCACGAACAUGAAAGAAAGGGCCAAAAUGGCCGGUAACGAGCAGCUUCACCGACGCAUUUACCACGUACAUGGUAGAGAUGGAGAGGAUGAAUGCGAUAUCCUCACCGCUCAAAACCAGUUUCUCGUCAAACAGGACUGGCAUGCUUCCUUUGCAUUAUUUAAUCGACAUUGCUGGCGGGUUACCGCUACAAUGUUUCUGUCGCCUACGGCACAGUUGCAUCAAGGACCAUUUGCAAGACACUCGAUCACGAGUAUUCGCCCAUUAUGGCGGCCUAGCUCUACACGCCCUGACACCUGGGCUAUGCUAGCAGGCCCCUACCAACGGAAUGCCCUAGCUAUGUCGCAGCCGGUAUACCCGUCGAUGGACCUGCCUUUGAUAGCAGCUAGACUUGUGUUGAAAGCCGACUACGACAAUGAUAACGGCACAAUACACAAGUUCCUUGUCACUGACAAGGAACUUGUUCAUCUCGCACAUGAGGGAGCCGACAUUGUCAUCCCCAUGUCUCCCCGAGGGUGUAAUGGAAUCCUACCAAGGAACUUCAGACGCCCGUUUGACAUUUAUUGGCGCGGCGUUGGUGGUAGCCCCAAGAUAACAAGGUUGUGGAGGAAGGAUGCCCUGGGGAAUCUAGAAAGGGAGAAGCCGACUGCCCUAGCGGCGUAUCCGCAGUCAGUUCGACCGCGGUACCCGUCUGGCUGCCCUUGA